CGGGUCCAUCCGGGGCCGGGCAGGGAAGGAUGUGGGAGGCUAGAGGGGGCCGGGGCUAGCUCCCUUCCCUGUUCCCCGCCGUGAGAGGAGCCUGGCGGGGGGCGCUCGGGCGCUGCGCUCUCCCCGGGGGUCUCGGCGGAGGGCCGGGCGCUUGCAACCAGGAAAGGGAGGCUCAGCCAGGGGGUCUCUCUCUUUGCAGGAGGCCAGGCAGUGACCGGCUAGGAGGAAUCCCUGGGGGCCCUAAGCCAGGAAAGGGGGCCACUUCGCCUCUGCUGGGCCUCUUCUUGAGCAUUACCUGAAGGGUCGUAGGAGGAGCCUUUGUGGGGGUCUUGGCAAGGAUGUUUAAGUGUUCCCUGCGCUGGGCUGCAAAGCGCAGGUUUUACAGCCCUUUCCUCUGAAGGGGCUGCCAGGAAAAGGAGUCCUUAAAAGCGAAGGUCCCUGUGGUUUCCUUAGGAUACCUGAGGAGGUCCCUGUGGUGGAAAUAGGAUAUCUGGUGGGGUGUGUAGAAAGGUCUUGAGGAAUUCUCAGGGGUAGGGGGGCCUAAAAGGUCCGGGGGGGGGGGGUUUAAAGCCAUGGCCACGCGGCGUUUAACAGACGCGUUCUUGUUGUUGCGGAACAACGCGAUCCAAAGCCGGCAGCUGCUGGCCGAGCAAGUGAGUAGUUACAGCUCCUCCAGCCCUCUGACUUCACGUAGCAUGGCUGCUGCGCUUGCUGAUGAUCGCAUGGCACUGGUAUCAGGAAUCAGUUUAGAUCCCGAAGCAGCUAUUUGUGUAACUAAGAGAUUACCUCCGAAGUGGGUUGACGGCGUGGACGAAAUUCAAUAUGAGAUCUCCAGGAUAAAACAGAAGAUGAAAGAAUUAGCCAGUCUCCAUGACAAGCAUUUAAACAGACCGACUCUGGAUGACAGCACUGAAGAAGAGCAUGCGAUAGAAAUCACCACCCAGGAGAUCACACAGCUGUUCCACAGGUGUCAGAGAGCAGUCCAGACGUUACACAGCAGGUCUCGUGGCUGUACAGAACAAGAGCAGAGGCUUCUCAAGAACGUCGUUUCUUCCUUGGCCCAGUCCCUUCAGGACCUGUCUACUAAUUUUAGACACGGGCAGUCUGACUAUCUCAAGCGCAUGAAGAAUCGAGAAGAAAGAUCCAAACAUUUCUUCGACACUUCAGUCCCCCUUAUGGAUGAUGGCGAAAGCACUACUAUAUAUGAUCGGGGCUUUACGGAUGACCAGUUAGUAUUGGUGGAACAAAACACGCUGUUGGUGGAAGAACGGGAGCGAGAAAUCCGGCAAAUUGUACAGUCCAUUUCUGAUCUCAAUGAAAUUUUUAGGGAUUUAGGAUCAAUGAUAGUAGAACAGGGUACUGUUCUGGAUAGGAUCGACUACAAUGUUGAACAAUCAUGCGUUAAAACAGAAGAGGGCUUGAAACAGCUACACAAGGCUGAGCAGUACCAAAAGAAGAAUCGCAAGAUGCUUGUCAUUGUAAUUUUGUCUGUAAUAGUAAUUGUCCUUAUCAUUGUUCUCAUUGGUGUAAAAUUUCGCUAGGUCGCACUCCAAUGAUGAUCACUUUGUGUGGAUGUAUGUUUAGGGUGGGGGGAUUUGAUUUUUGACUCCGAUGUGAAUGAGGUGAAACCCGCCUUCUGGAAAAGCUGCCUUGGAAUGAAUGUAUAAGCCCUAGCGGCACAGUCUGUGCAAUGUGUCUGUCAAAAAGCAAACAUGCCUUUUUUCUGUUUUACAUGCUCAGUGAUAUGUGAGGUUUCCAUAAGUGUGUGCAUAAAUCCUGGGGACCUUUUUAAUUAUUGCUACAGGAUUAGAUACCUGGUUAUUUAUCCAGGCAGCUGAAAAAUUUAAACUAUAAUUAAGGACUGUAUAAUUUCAGAAAGUACUCUGAUUACUUUCAGUGUUUCACAACUGUAUGCUAUCAUUGGUAAUCUUUUAUGUUACCGUUAAUCUUAGAUGUUGUCAGCUGUCUAGGAUUUCUUUUGGAUAGGAUACCAAAAAACUAUAAUUUGGAGGUGAAAAAUGCCUUAAAGUUUAAAAAAAAAACACUAUUUGGUUUCACUUAAGCUUCCUCCAGAUUUUCACUUUCAUCUUUUUAAUAAUAUAAUAAGUGAAACCUUUAGAAACACCAAAUAAUUUACACCCGCUGAUUUCAUACCACUACAAAUCUCUAUUUAGAAGUGUAAAUAGCAUCCGAACGGUGAUCAGUGCUAUACAUUUAAACAGUUAUCGUUACUUUUUAAAGUUCAAGUAAGCAUAAAUGUAUUCCUACCAUCAUGCACUGUUUUCUUCUGUAUGAGUUUCGAAACACUUGAAUAUCAAGCCUCAAAAUGAACACAGAUUCUUUUCUGCCCCUCUCCCCCCCCUACUUGCAUACAUGCCUAAGGCUUUCUGAUUAUAAGGGUAAAGUUUGGCUUAUUUCAUCCUGUACUUGCAGAUAACUGAAUGGCAAAAAGCAUGGUGCUUGCCCACGCAUGUAACAAACUGGACGAAGUAAGCUAGCUGGUGAGGGUACUGUUUUAAAAAUGUAUCGGGAUCAAGUCCCUUAAGAGAAGAAGUCUUGUCCUUUGCUGUCCAGCUGCAGAGAAGACGGACGAGACAUUUUGGAGUGCUCUUCAGCUGUGAUUAAGUGCUGUUCUACUGUACGUCAGGAUUCUUGGGUUCUUAGGCAGCAGGUGGCUGCACAGAGAGAUGACUUUAUGCUGUGGAAAUAUUAGCAGUUUAAUAGGAUCCUAAAAAUGCUGUGCAAUUUUAGGGACCUUGGCUUCAAUCCUGAUUUUUUUUUAAAAAAAAAGCAUUCAGUAUUGAAUAAUUUAUUUAAAGUGUGCAGUGUUGUCUUUUUCUGUUUCCUGGUCGCCUCAUGCCCUCUAUUAACAGAGAACACAGACAGUAACCAUUGUAUUAUAGGCCUAUGCACCGACUCUUCCCAACCUUUUCUCUCUCAUUCAGCUCUUCCUGCUGUUUAGAGUUGGGGGGGGGGGAAUGGUUGCAGAAACUGUUGGAUCAUGCCGGAGUUAGUCUUCUCGGUUUCGGGGCAAAGCGUUCUGAACUGAGAAGGUCUCCUGCGUAAGUUUCGUCUGGCUGGCGAGGUGCAAGAGAGCUGUGCACUGUCAUCAGCCUGUCAGGGUACAUCAUGUGCGCUGCCCUCCUUUGCGGUGAUCGAUCUCCCUUUGUGAAGCCCAUCUGGGUUUAUGGAGCCAGAUCUCUGUGAUGGCUCAGAAUAACCUUGGUGGCUGUUGAUGCAGUGGAGUCCUGGACUUGCUGCCAGUACGAACGUUCAGAAUGCAACUAGCUUAAAACUAAACAGGGGAUUGAGAACGGCUUCAGCCAGUUUGUGUGCAUCUGUUGUACAGCUGCAACAUACUGCAGCACUACAUGGAGGAACCUCUUCCAUAAGCAGGGAAAGGCUCAGAUGGAGCAAUGUUUUCGGGAGUAAUACAUGCCGGGAUGUACUAUCGCAGAUCCAUGAAUUGUCCCCUCGUUGCAGUGUGAAUGCAUUGCAUGGGUUAAGAGAGUGGUCCUUUUGGACAGGAGCUUGGAUUAGAUAGCAUUUGGGCUCCUUCCUUCUCUGAUUCUGUAUAUAGGAGGCUCAGCUUCCAUGGGCUGGUGUUCUAAGGUGUAGUUGUCGCAGAGAAGAUGAUAAACCUGUUCCUAGACUCUGCUGCUUCAGACUGCAGUUGAGGGUGGGGGGAGCUCACAAGAUGGAAUGAUUGCAUAGAAAACAGCAAGAGACAUCCGUAUGCAUAGAAAACUAGCAUAUCCUGGGAAAAGUAGGUGACAAUCCCUAGCUAGCUUUCUGUGUGGAAUAAAACUCAGCAUUCUGUCAUGCGAAUUCUCUCUCCUGCUGAAAUGGUGCAACUCACUAGUUCACCUCCUCAGUGGCAACUAGGUCCAGAGUCAACUGAACACUCGAGAAGGGCAUUAAUCCCUCUCUAUCUCUCUGGCCCUCUUUGAUCAACUCAGUCUUCUCAUGCUGAAAUCUUACAUAAAAGCAAUCUAUAGAUCACCGGGAACUAUAGAAAAACAAAGGGGCACGCAAAUGCACUUGGGAGUCCAUGGGUGCAAAAACACUAAAGCAAUGCAAGUUGUCAUGUCUGCCUUGCAUUGGUAUGAUAAUUUUUUUAAAAAAAAUGGAGUACUAUCAGUGUACAAUGUGCACCCUUCUGCCCCCCAAAGCUUACUGUUUAAUUAGUACAGAAGACCAAUUAAACUAAAUGUGUUCAGAUUUCAUUUCAGAAUGCAUAAGAAGGGAAGGAUAAAGCAAGCGUACAAAUGACUGAAAUAUUCCCGAGUCUCAGACUGUUCCUUGAGGGUUCUGCUGGGCCAGGAGAGUUAGUGAACACGUACUGAUUGCCAGGUCUCCUCUUCAGCUGCAGUGUUGUGUAAUAUAAGGUACUGCAGCAGCAGCAGGUGUCUCGCUGCUCGUGUUCUUGUGGGUUCUUUUAAUUUAUCUAUUUGGUUAGGUUAUCUAACCCCCUCUAGUCUUAAAGCAGCACAUCUCAAACCAAAGGCGAUUAAAAAAACCAGGAACAGCGCAAUCGGAUGUUUAUUUUUUGGUUAAUAAAAUACCCAGAUAUAUUUAACUGUAAAUAUUGAUGCAGAUGAGUGCAUUUUAGUAUACGUACAACCAUGUACAUUCUUUUGAGUUAGAAUCAGUAUUGGAAGGAACCUCUAGGGUCAUCUAGUCUAACCCCCUGCACAAUGCAGGAAAUUCACAGUUACCUCCCCCCCACACCCCCAGUGACCCCCCCCCACCCUGCUUCAUGCCCAGAAGACAGCAAAACCGUCAGGAUCCUUUGCCAAACUGGCCUGUGGAAAAUUGCUACCUGACCCCAGGGUGGUGAUUGGCAUGUAAGAAAGACCACGAGAACUAAGCACUGAUGUAACCCUCCCUCUCAUGAUCUGCCCAAGUUCACAGGAUAAGCAUUGCUGUCAGACGGCCAUCUAGCCUCUGCUGAAAAACCUCCAAAGGAGGAGGAGUCGGUCACUUAACUGCAAGGACUGAGUCUCGUUAGCUUCUGGGUUCUUCAUUUUGCAUUUUGAUUUUUUUUCUUUUUAAAGUCCUCAAACUCCCCUGGGCCAAGCUAAUAUAAUAAACAUGAUCCAGAUGAUCCAUAAUCAGAACUUUCUUGCAUGUUCUUUUUAAAUCAAAGCUGCUUGAUCUUUCUAUGAGAAACACUCUUCCCAUGUUGCUUUGAAAGUUUUUCUCUGCUACAAUUUAAUUUUCACCCCGUUCCUUGAAGCAGAGGUAUAUGCCCUGCAGAGAAAGCCCUGCUGCUCCCGCACCUGAUUUCCCCUUCUGCUGCUGCUACUUUGAUCUUUAAAAAAAAAAAAAACGCCAGAAAAUCCUAAUCAUAGAUCUACUACUUCAUACCUAUUUUGGCUUUUAUUCGCAAAGCAAAGCUGCAGUACGUGGGGUCAGCAUUUUGUAAAGAUGUUUUCCUUGCCAGUGUGGCUAAAAAAUGUGAAAUUGUUUUGGGAAAGUGCCAUUUGGGAAGAAGAAUAAACCACAGGAAGUAAAUGGUGGCAAAUCUUGGUUCAUUUCUCUAGCUUUUAAAAUGUUAAAUAAGAACUUGGAAAUGAACAUGAAAAAUGGACCGCAAGACACUCUAGAAGCAGCCUGAGCUGAGACGGUAAUCUUUAAUAUGCUUCUUGAGGUUGGCGGUGGGCAAACUAAGGGAGACGUCGAAGGGGAAGGGCAUCCUAGAGACAGCUAGGGAAAAUUUACUCAAGCAUUCUUCUGGGUAUAUGCAAACUCUUAAGUGGGCCAUCUCUGAGAUGCAAGAAUUAAAGAAAAAAACAUGGCACUUUGUUUGCAGAGCUUUAUAGGACUUUGUAGAAAGACUUUCUGAGGUUUCAUUCGCAUAUUGUACUUCAUCCAUUGAUAAGCUUAUCAUGCACUUGUGUUUUCUAAAUGUUAAAACAAAUCUGCAUUUGCUCUGAGAAACUUUAACUUGGUUUGAAUAAUCCUAGUAUCUGAGGUGGACUAAAUGUAAGAUAUGUACAUUCCAAAGGGAUUUGCGGUCUUGAGGUCUCUUCUGUUUAGGCACCAUAGUUUCAGUGUAAGGCCAUUAUAGAUUUAAGAAGAAAUGCAGUAUCUUUUAAGGUUUUUUUUUUUUACUACGUUUCACAUUUUCCAGGCCAACCUUGUUCUAGGGGCUGUAUUAAACACUGAUGUGAUGUUCGCUCAGCCAAGAGGUCAUCACGUUUCACAUUUGAUGAUUAAGACCCGUGAAGCAGCAGUGAAGUUAAAGAGUAACAGUGAGUUGACAGAUUUCAUGCUGAAUGUCCUAUCUAUUCAUGUUGUAUUCCUUUCGGUAGCUUUUUGCAUAGCUAAGGAGACAUGGUUAACUCUUCUGCAGUAUUUCCCUGCGGAUCUCACCACUGCCUGUUUAGCAAAAACUCUGCCCUUGGCUUAAAAAUGACUGCAAAUUUUGAUCUCUGAAGCAAGUCCAAUGGCUAAAAUUUAUUCCCCUUUAACAGUUUGGGAGACUCAAGGGUGAAAAUGACUUGCUCUUUUUGUUAGUGGCUUGAGUAUAAUUUGAAAAGAGGCUGAAGGGUGAAGAAAGAGGUCACAAUUCUGCUCCGUGGUCACAGAAAGUUCCUCACCCGUAGCGUAAACAUGACUUUCACCUUGUCCUACAUGGAACACAAAUGCUGGUUUGGUUCUUAAUCUUGCCUCUGCCCUUAUGCUGCAGGUGGGAGGCUCUCUGGCUCUUGUGGCAUAUUUGUCUAUGUGCAUGCUUCUUUUGACUCUUAGAAGAGCAUCUUAGCAUGGACAAUUCCUUCCCUCUGGUCAGAAGGCAGGUCUUGCCUUUAACAUCCUGUCUCCAUCAGGGCCAAGCUACAAGUGAUGAAUGACACUUGAACGGCAAGUGAACAGACACGUGUAUUCCUCCCUGUUCACUUACGCUCCACUUGAUCACAUAGUGAUCAUUCGUCCCUUGUAGCUUGGCUCUUAGUGUAAGCAAACCCUCUUCCUCAGUUCAUUUCCUGUCUAGGGAAGGAGUGAAGGCUGCUAGAAGAGUUCUUCCCUUCUCCAGACUCUCCUUUCUGUCCCUCUUACACUGUUACCGGGCGGAAACGUGUUUCCUUGUAGUGGUUACAUUGCUUUGUGGAGUAACAGAGCUAGGAGACCUGUCCAUCAAAAAGAAGACUGUUCUUUCCACAAGAACAAGGUAGCACUAAAAGCAGAUCCAAUGUUCACGUUGUAAGUUCAGCUCAAGGUUUAUUUCCACCACUCUCAGGGAGUUUUUUGUUGUUCUUUUUUGCCCCAAAUCAUGUAAUCCUAAAGAGAAGUUCUGGCAUACAAUGGAUGUCUGCAGGGCUGAGAAUUUACCUGUGCAGGAAAUCUGAUUAGUUGUCCCAUCUCAUACCAUCCACCUGUACAACAGAGAGUAGGUUUCUACAUCUACUUUAAGUAGAUGGUUAGGACAGUCCAUCAUUCAGGCACAAAGCAAAUGUUCCACAAGAAGCGACAGCCUGCUUUUAUGUGCAGCCGUUACGUCAGUGGCAUUUGACUGAAAUUCUUCAGCAGCAGAGAUCUGCAAAACAGCCACGUGAGAUUCCGCCUCCUCAUACAUAUGUUCCUUGCCUUGGCUGACACAGCCUUUGAGAUACGUAUAACCAACAAAAAUUAUGACACCCAUUCCAGCCAGACAUUCCAGGGUCUGAAAUUAAUGGCGGGUGUCUCAUCAUAAUAGCUCAAACUCUUUUCCUGCCAUUUAUUAUGCUUGCAGUUUUCAGGCUCACCUAAAUCUCUUAAUGGAAAAUUAAUGGUUUUCUUUGUGGCUUGGGAAGAUUCUGAACUGAAGAAGAGGAUAGAUCAAUAUGUGUAGCCAUGUUAGUCUGUCUGUAGCAGUAGAAAAAAGUAAGAGUCCAGUAGCACCCUAUAAGACUAACAAAAUUUGUGGUAGGGUAUGAACUUUUGUGAGUCACAGCACACUUCUUCAGAUAAACUGAAGAAUCUGAAACAUGUGAAGUGAGCUGUGACUCACGAAAGCUUCUAUCGACUUAUAGGUCCUACUGGACUCUAGUAUCUGAAGAAGUGUGCUGUGACUCACAAAAACUCAUAUCCUACCACAAAUUUUGUAACAGGUGCUACUUGUCAGAGACUGCCAACUUAGAUCUCAAAGAACUUCACUGCACGAGUCCACAGAUGCAUGAGUUAGUUUUAAUGAUAACCUAAGAGUGCAGUACAGAAGACAUCUCUUGACUGGAAUGCUUGUUCCCUCCCCCUGCUAAGUAUUAAACCCUUCAAGCACAACCCCCCCUAUCUAAGCUCUAAUUUCCCAUCUACGCAGUGAAAGCAGGAAAAGUAAAAGCAAACUAGAAUUGUUUUGUCUUUCUCCAACCAACUGGCCACAUCUCUGUAGCAGUGCUGAUAACCGCAUUCCUUCUCACAGCUUCCCACAGCAACAUGUAAUGUUUCUCAGGCUGAUUUGAUACAGAGGCUCCAAUAGCACUCUUAAAUCAUGGCAUCGGAGAUCAGUGAACAGUGAACCACCAAUUCCUCAAAGUAUGACAGGGGCCACCCUGACACUACCGGACUCUUGCUCUUUUCUACUGAAGGAAGAGCAUGACUCCACUGUUUAGAGAGACAGGAAGUUCGAGGAAUUACCCAUGCUAAGAUGCCCUCACUACUUCAGAGCUGAAGGAACUUCCACAGUAAGUCCAAUGUUAUAGCAACAAAAAACCUUCCAGGACUUUAACUGAGCACUGAUAGGGGCAGUAGGUUGACAAUGUCAUCUGCACUAGCCAAUAGGCGCCCCCAAACGGCUCCCUCUAGUCCUGUGCUAUAUGAGUGCAAAGCAGUGUUUUCACGGUGCAAAGAUGCUUCCCAGCCACCACAGCUGCGCUGAAAACGUUCCAGUUCCGCUUAAGAAUGUGUUGCCAAUUGUCUUGCCUGCCUUUGCCUUGACAAUCAUACAGAAGGAGGAAGGAUCUUCCCCUUCAGGCUCUUUAAAAACCAUAGAUCUUAAAACAUGUUCAGCUUUGUGUAUUAACCAAGAUGUUCCUGUGGGAGGGUUAGAAUAAAAUGGAACCCCUACGUAGCCGAUUUCGGAAAGAAACAGAAGUCAGCAUAACCAUCUUUAGAGUUAGGUAUCGGGCUUACGGUCUGAAUGCCACUUUGUGGUUAAGGAAGCAUUUUGUCAUGUAAAAGUUUUCUGAAUUUUAUUUUCCUAGCAGUAAAGCAAAAAAAAAUGUUGCUUAUGCCACACUUUGACUAUUUAUUCUGUCAAACACACUUUUUGGGGGGAGGAGGUCAAUUUAGAUCUUGGACAUUUGCUAUUCCUUUUUCCUAGUUGUUAUGAAAGCUUCGUAUAAGCCUUGUACAUACAGCCUUUCUCAAAGCAAGUUUCAAGGCAUUCAUGCUUUCCCUGGCAAUGGAGCAGAUUAUAUUUAGAGCUCUGUGUGUGUGCUUAAAUACACCCCUCUUGCUUUUCAUCACAGCCUCAAACUGUAAAUGUAGAAAUGUUUUAAAUAAUUAAAUAAAUAAAAAUUGACAUUCAGUUCUACAGCAAAUUUCUUCCACUGCUUCACUGUAGGGUCUUUAAUGAAAGCAGGUAUUUGUUUCCGAUCGUCUUUUUUAUAACAAGUUGCUACCCAAAUCUAUGGUGCGUCCAACAUAGAAGGUCUCAUGACUUUAUCCAACUAUGUACAGUAUAUUUUCUUCCAUUUCUCUGUGAACAAUUUGUAAUGUAUGAAUAAAUGGUUAAAAUUC